AUGGCCAAACAGGCAAACUUCUAACAUUGGCAGGCUGAAGUCAGAAAUCUUCAUCCGAAUAAUAUUUUGAAUUUAUUUUGGUUCCGCUUUGUUGUCUUUGUAAUAUAUAUUUUUUCGUCUGGAGUAAUGUUUUUCUUUUGCCCGAGCAGUUAAUGAAUGUUUCCUUUUUCGUCAGGUGAAGAAUGAAGACUCUGGUAGUGUUUGAUUUUGACCACACUGUGGUAGAUGACAACAGUGACACGUGGGUGAUUAGAUGUCUCCCAGAUCAGACCCUCCCAGAGUCGCUGAAGAAUUCCUACAGAAAAGGCCACUGGACUGAGUACAUGGGUAGAGUGAUGUCUUACAUAGGAGACCAGGCGGUAGGCCCUGAAAGGGUCCGCAGUGUGAUGGAGAAAAUCCCCUUCACGGAUGGAAUGAUGGAAUUGUUGACCUUCAUUGCAGAGCAUAAAUGUAACAUCGACUGCAUCAUCAUCUCGGACUCCAACACUAUAUUCAUAGACUGGAUCCUCCAUGCUGCAGGAAUCCAGUCUGCUGUUGACCAGGUUUUCACCAACCCGGCCAAAUUCAACAAUCAUGGCUACAUGGAGGUUGAAUGCUACCACUCUCACAACUGCACUCGUUGCCCCAUCAACUUGUGUAAGAAAAAAGUCCUGGAGGUUUACCUGUCAGAGCAGCUGAAGUGUGGGGUGGAUUAUCAGCGAAUGUUCUAUGUGGGUGAUGGAGGAAACGAUUUGUGUCCCACAUUCUGUCUGAGGGGUCAUGAUGUGGUGAUGCCCAGGAAGGGCUUCACCCUGGAGAGCCUGCUGGCCAAACUGCAAAGUCGAGAUGAAAACAUUUCUCUGAGAGCAAGAGUCAUUUCCUGGAGCAGUGGUACUGAGAUUCUGAAGGAACUGAAAACAAAUGUGUAUUUGUAGCCCAGGCAUAUGGUGUAAUGGGAUUGUGACUUACUUACAUAAUAGUUAUUUGGUCACAUUCCCAGGGCCUGGCAAGAAAAAAAGAGAAGGGAGCAUUCUUUGCACACACUGCUGAGUUGUUUAUUGUCUUGUGUUGCUUCUGUUUUUAUCUAUUUCUUUUUAAUUAUAUCCACCAAUGUGGUCAUAUUUGUAUGUCUGCCCGUUAGCAAAAUAUCUCAAAAAUGUCUUUAUGCAUGCUCAAUAAUCCAGGUAAGAAAAUCACAGAAAGGUGAAUCAGUUCAUCUGGACACAACAUUUAGAGGGAGAAAUGUUUCAUCACUUAUCCAAGUGACCUCUUCAUUCUCAACUGACUGCAGGUAUCCCCCAACCUUAUAAACAGCACAGUUGCAUAAUGACCAAAACCAACAAUUGGUUUCAUAUGCAAAUAGGCGUGACCACCAACUAGAGCAGGGGAGGGCAAUCUUAUCCAGAAAGGGUCAGUGGGGGUGCAGGUUUUUGUUCCAACCAAGCAGUUACACACCUAAUCCCACUAAUCAACCAGUAGCGUCUUUGCUGAGGAACUUAAUUAGGAGAUACAGGUGUGUCAUUGCUUGGUUGGAACAAAGACUUGCACCCACACUGGCCCUUUCUGGAUAAGAUUGCCCAUCCCAGAACUAGAGUUUCAAUGGCCAUGUGUACUAUUCACAGAGGAUUGGACAAUAGUUGUAACCACAGCAUUGUAAGAUGGCGAUAGACCUACUCUUAGCUCCUCCCCCACACACACACCCUCAGUUCAGGGAUGGUCAUUCCCUCUUCACAUAGAUGGCCUCUUUGACUCCCCGUUCAAACCAGUGUUCCUCCCUAUCAAGGAUGUGCACAUCCUCAUCCUUGAAAGAGAGGCCACUGGACUGCGGAGUCCUGUUCUGAUGCAUUAGCUCUUCUGUGUUUUGCCAUUCUCUUGGCCAGCAUCUGUUUGGUUUCCCCAAUGUACAAGUCAUGGCAAUCCUGCUGGCACUUAACAGUUUACAAUAUAUUCCUCUGUUUAUUAGCAUGUAUUAUCUCAAACUAUAUGCUCGCUUAAUAGAAUUUUCACAGGCAGAUACCCUAUGAUGUCUGAAGCAUGCAAUGAUUUGCAUGAUUUAAGUCUUCUCUUUUAGCCAUGACUCCUCAAAAAGUGAUGGUUUUUCUGCUCAGUCUCUUUAGUAAACAGUCACAUAUUCACAGAAUCAGUCUUUCCCACUGGGAUGAGUGUAGAGGGUGGGGGGUUAGAUACAGACUGAACCAUGUGCCACUGGACAACUGAAUUUUAAUUAUUGUGUGCACUCAAUGUGUGUUCAAUUCAAACACUGAAUGCAGUGUCUUGUGCUUAAUUGAUUUUAAAUGAAAUUGUACUGUCUUAAAGUUUAGCUUUGAUUUAUUUGAUCAUUUUGAAAUAACUGGCCAAUGUACAACUUUACAAGAUGUAUUUAACCUUUCACAUAAUGGACGAGCAAUGAAUUCAGAUCAAACCCUCCGAAAGCUUCCAGAUUGUACAUAUUCCAAUUCAGCUGUCCAAUUGCAGCGACAUCCUGGUACGUUGAAAAGCAGCAGAUAACGGAUGUGUACAAACUGUCAUGCAACCAAGCAGAUACCUUUGCAACAGCAAGGGUAUUUUGUGCUUUUGUUUCUGAUUUUCUUUUUUCUGACAAGGCACUAAUAAUAUCUUUCAUGCAGUGGCCAAUGAAAUAACUCUAACAAUCAGCCAUUGUUGGACAGGCUCGUCUUUCAAAUCACAGCAGUGAGAGGGCAUUCAGACCUAGUCUCAUGAAAUCAAUGUGAUCAACUCAAGGUUGGUCUGGCUUUCUGAGCUAAGAAGUACUUUUAUCAGCACUUGUGUCAGGCUUUAAAGCCAGCUCCAGGAACAGUUGAUAUCUCUGACAGAAUAGAACAGACACUGUUGGAGCUUAAAAUAUGGAACUCCAUCUAAUAGCUGACAUUUUAUUUUUGACUAUGCUAGCACAUUUAGAUUGGCACAUAUUUACCAACAGGUCUUUUGUAGCUCUUUUAGUUUUUGUUGUAUGAUGGAACAGUGGUUUUUCCAACCCAUUGAGUAGACCAACUUUAUCUAGCCAUCAGUCAGCUGUCCAUUUAUCCUUUUGAUUAUUGCAGAAUAGGUGUUUUCAAGACAGAUUAAGUGGUUUUAAGGCAAUUAUCUAUGAACCAAUUGUUUAGGCUGAUGUUGAAUUAAAAAUACUGCUCCUGUUAUGUGCUGAGGAGCCUUGACUGUUGGUGUCAAUGAAGGUCUAGAUGCUGAGAGUCUGUAUAUCAUUUUCCUGGAAUGCAGAAUUUGAUUCUCCAAGACGUGUCAUUGGUGUAAUUCAGCAAAGUAUAC